AUGGCUGCAGAUACUGUCGCCAAGGCCCCACGUCCUGAGCUUGGAAUGUGGAGAUAUAAGAGAAACGAAGAGAACAGUGGGGAGGAAGAGGAGAAUCGUUUCUGUGUGUUUGUGUGUCUUCAGGUUGCCAGGAAGUCGGUCCUGGAUCAGCUGAACCACAUCCUGUUCUCUGAUGAUCAGAUUCCUGAUUACAUCAUCCUGAUCAACACCACAGACUGGCAGGGACAGGUCUGUCUGUCUGUCUGUCUUCCUGUCUGUCUGCCUGUGUGUAAUGUGUGUGUUCCCAGCUGUAACUGUAACUCCCAGACGCCGCCGCCGGUGAAGGUGGUGCUGGGCGGAGACCAGAGCUACCUGAGCACCGUCCUCGGCUGCUUCGUGGAGCAGCUGGCCAGCAAGACGCCUGAUUGGCUGAGCUACUUCCGCUUCCUCAUCCUCCCCAUCGGAGCCCACCCGCUGGCCAAGUACCUGGCCGCCCUGGACAGUAAAUUCAGCGCCCUGUUCAUGGACGCCAGCUGGAGGGAGCUGUUUGGCCGCCUGGAGCCCCCGCCACUCGAUGUUGUGGGUGUAGCCGGGCGAGUGUCUCAGUAUCUGAGCGGAGCGUCCGUGUCUCACCUGUGUCCGAUCUCAGAGGCGAUGCUGACCUGCAAACACAAGAGCCCCGACGACGACUCCUGCCAGAAGUUUGUUCCUUUCAUCGGGAUGGUGAAUGUCGGCAUCGUGGAGCAGAAACUCCACUACUCCACCUCUGUUCUCCUUUCCUUUGUCUCCUUUCCUUCUCCUCCCUUCCUCCUCCUUUCCUUCUCCUCUCCUCCUUCCUCCACCCCUCCUUCUCCUUCAACCAGCGGAGUGGGGGAGGCGGCCGGUCUGCAGGUGGACUACUGGACCCAGGGAGGAGGAGGAGGAGGAGGCGAGAGGAAGAUGAAGAGCAGUCUGAAGAGCCGCUGCCUUCAGGUGUCGAGGAUCAGCGGAGGAGAGCAGCUGAGCAUCACCGUGGUAACCAAAGAGAAGAACAAGAAAGUCAUGUUCCUCAGUAAGAAGAUGAAGGAGAAAGAGGCGGAGUCGAGGAGUCAGCUGAUCGAAGGAAUCAACAGACUGAUCUGCACCUCCAAACACCAGCACACACUGAGAGUCUCUAUAGACGGUGUCGAGUGGAACGACGUCAAGUUCUUCCAGCUCGCCGCUCAGUGGCCGACCCACGUCAAGCACUUCCCCGUGGGGCUCUUCGGCUACAGCAAGCCCUGACCCCCGGGUCAUGUGACCCCCGAGUCAUGUGACCCCCGAGUCAUGUGACCCCCGAGUCAUGUGACCCCCGAGUCAUGUGACCCCCGAGUCACAUGACCAUCCCUCUAAAGUUGGACUGCUCUGCAUCACACAGAGACACAGACUCAGAUGUAGAAACAUAUUUACGCUCUGCCAUCCUUUAGGUAGCUCGCCAUCAGAACUCCUGUCCCAGAAACCCCUGAGAGGGACUCUUGAGUUCUGGAUGUUAUUUUUAUAAAGCUGUGGGCACAGGCGCCGAUCCAGUGGGUGCUCCGGAGCUCGAGCACCCACUGGUGUGCCAGACUGCCAGCAGGCUCCAUUCAUCUAAAAUUAAACAUAGCAGUCGGUGCUGAGUGGAGCGUCUGUCACAGUGUGAUUGGUUAUGUCGCUGUCAGUCCCCGGCUCCAUAUCCCAUCCACCAAUCACAGCGUCUCUCGGAUGAAAACGCCUCUUCAGUGCCCCCUC